AUGGCUCUUUCACAUAAAAAUCAAAACCAAAACUCGACAUCUGCCAAACAUGGUUAUCGACACGACCAAACCCUAUCUUGGGCUCAAAUUGCGCAACGACAAACGCUAUCUUACCAACCAGCAACCAAGAUGCAACCAUCUAAGGACUUGAGCGACUCGUCAUCCACUGCCUCCAAGUAUGCUCAUCAGAUCGACGAUCUUUUGCACACCAGCAUCCGUCCCUUUAUUCAAGGACUUGAAGACGAUAGUACACUUAUUGAUAUAACCAACAUUAAAGACCUCAACGGCUUGAAACAAUUCUUUGGCUCUUUUGACACAGACACAUACUUUCCUACUUUGGAACCUUACCUGAAUCGACCUCAUCCAACUAUGCCAGAAACCUUACGACGAGAAAUUGAUUGGUUCAACGACGGCAAGCGCAUGCUCCGCCUCACCUGGGAUGAAAUGCCACCUUACUGUCGCUACUGCCAUGUGAUGAUCUGA